AUGGAACAAAAAGGGGCGGAGCUUAUUAAAGUGUGCCCCAGUGAAAUUUACAUAAAAUUCAAAAAGUUUAUCAAUAAUUCUCCAUUCUCAUCGCUCCAACAAGGAAUCCAACGACGUCUGCACUCGAUUCACACUCCAAUACAACUUCUCCAAGUCCCGCCCACUCAAUUCGAUUCGUUUCACGCCGUCGACAGUGGAAAACGUCAAAAUUGCUUCUCGAUCGGACGUCGCCACGUCAUUCCGUCGGGUUACUGUACGACAACUCCAAUCUGUUGA